UGGUUUAGGCCAGAGCCUGAGCAGAUUGCUGGUAUGCAACGUUCGAUGUCGCCAUGGCGAUGCAAGGCGUCGCCAGCCAUCCCAUCGACCAAAGGUUUACAGUGACCGGAUUGACUAAUGGCAGAUCUGUCGGUCGCAGAUGGCAGUCCAAGUCAAAAGUUGGCAAUUCCCUCGGCAUCGCAGCUGCACCCUUCUUUUUGACUUCCCUCCGCCCCGCGAGACACCGCGCGAGACACCGCGCGCCCCGAUGCCGCCGUUGCGCCGUGCAGUUUCUGGUGGGCCCUGAGGCCGAGACCGAAGGUCCAUCGGAUGUGAAGCUGGGGAAGUUGCUCAGCUGGGCACGGCAGCAGGAUUUCAUGAAGCUACACCCCUGCUUGAGCUUUGGAAAAUCUGGUGGACUGCAGCUGUCUGUUCCAGUCUCUGCUGGCACGCCCAUCCUGGGCGUUUUGGACGACGCGUUUCUGACGAGCUCCGACCUGCCGGAGCAAUGGCAGGAGGUGUGGGAUGGAGCCCGGGAACGAUAUCCAGAGUGGUGGGCGUUGCAUCUGGGCAUCACCUUACUGAAAGAGCGCCGUGAUCCAUCUUCAGAUGCUUGGGAAGCGUACCAGAAUAGUGUAGCACCGCAGCCAGCAGCUCCGUUGCUGUGGAGCGCCGCCCAAGCCCAAGAGCUGCAGUACGUUCCCAUGAAGAAGCAGCUGCGAAGUCGGAUUGAGGCCAUCCAAGAGUUCUACCAGGAGAUCCUAGUGCCAGUGUUGGGUGAAGUCCCUGGGCUUCCUUCGGUCUUUGAGCUGGCGCAAGCAGUGGCCACAGCCAGGCGAGCUAUUGAGGUUUCACCGGGCCAAAGGGCCUUGCUGCCGUUGCUAGACAUGGUGGGGUCACCGGAGGCCACGGUACCUGCUGGAAAGCCAACGCCGGAGGCUAACUGUGAGUUACAAGUGGAACCUGAGGGAGGCCCCGGCGGUCGGGCCAUCGCUAUCCUCGUGGCAAAACGCGAUGUGCAGCCGGGCGAGACGCUCAGCCGGGCGAUCCUCGGGCUGGCGCCGGAUGAAGUGCUGCUGGAGCAUGGCUGGUGCAGCACCAGGCCUGAUGAUGUGACCAUCCAUGUGGGUCUGAAGAAGGCUGUGGUGGAGUCGUGGCAACUUGCCACUCUACGAGAGGUCAUGGACUUGGAGCCGGGCGACUCGCCUGGUGACUGGAUGGCCUCGGCCAAGGUUCGCAGGAGUUCCGUGCUAACGCAGGCGGUGGAUGCCAAACUGAUUGCAGCUGCAAGAGUUUUGAGUGCCAAGUCUCGCGAGGAGGUCUUGGGUGCAGAGUGGAACUUGAUGACCAAAGACGAGAUUCUCAAUGCUGGUUUUGAAGGCCUAUCGUCGACCCGACGUCGUAGGCUCCUCUUCGUGUUGAAACGAGCCGUUGAGGGUGCGUUGGCAGCCUAUGAUACGACCAUCAUCAGGGACCAGGAGAUUCUGGAGUACCUGCAGGGUCGCGAGCGGGUGGCUGUGGCCUACAGGCUUGGGAAGAAGAUGAUCCUACAAGACGUCCAAGCGCAAUUAGAGAGAGCAGAUGAGAAGAUACGUCAGAAACAGGCAAAGCGGGAGAAGGACUCCGCCUUGCCCAGCGCGGUCACCGGCAAGAGGAAGAGCCCAACACCCGGAAAAGGCUUUGGCUGA